CGGCAGUGCGGAGCGAUGCGUUGAAGUUGAAAAAAGAUAGUAACAAGUAAAUUAGCUUGAUUUUUAAACUUCACAAAGUAGUUGCAUUUGUUGUAAACCACAGGAACUGACCACGAGCAUCGCUAUUUUAGGCAGCAAUGAUAGGAUACUUUACUUCCUCUGUGAUUGUCUGUAGCUGGAGAUGUGAUGGGUACCUCAAUAGUUUGCGGCCUAAGCUAGCAAAGUAGGCUAACCAGAUAGCAGGCACGGCUAACGUGCAUUAGCCGCUCGCUGCUAGCUUUACUUCCCUCCCGCAAAAUGCUAGCCGCUAGCCAUUGAUGUUUGCACUGCAACUAGCUAGCUAGCUAAUUUGAUAACCUGUAUGACAGUAGACAUACACCGGCUGCUCUCGUGGUGUUUUAAAGUGUUUUUCUAACAACUUAGCGGUUUAAAUAGCCACAAGGGUACCGUAAUAGGAAUUGAGCUUGUUUACCUAGCGAUACCAUGUUUCAAGAGAAAUUUACGGAAAAUAUGGAGCUGAUGUUUAGCUGAGGGUAUUUUAGCAUACAAGCUAAUGAUAUGCACAGUGCUGGUUGAAUGUUGUCUUUCUGUCUGAAAACUUUGCUGGAUCAGAAUAUCGUUUAAUAUACAGAGGCCAGUAGAAGACCGUGUGGACCAUACACCAACAAGCAUGGAGUUCCCGCAACAGCAGAAACCGGCGGGGGACGGAAAGAUCAUCUAUCCACCCGGAGUGAAGGAGAUUACGGACAAAAUCAGCAACGAUGAGGUGGUCAAACGACUGAAGAUGGUGGUGAAAACUUACAUGGACAUGGACCAAGACUCCGAAGAGGAGAAGCAGCAGUAUCUCGGCCUGGCACUCCACCUCGCCUCAGAGUUCUUCCUCAGGAACCCCAAUAAAGAUGUAAGGUUAUUGGUGGCCUGCUGUCUGGCUGACAUCUUCAGGAUCUAUGCUCCAGAGGCCCCCUACACCUCCCACGACAAACUCAAGGACAUCUUCCUGUUCAUUACUAGACAACUGAAGGGACUGGAAGACACUAAGAGCCCUCAGUUCAACAGAUACUUCUACCUGCUGGAGAACCUGGCGUGGGUGAAGUCGUACAACAUAUGCUUUGAACUGGAGGACUGCAACGAGAUCUUCAUCCAGCUUUUCAAAACACUCUUCUCUGUCAUCAAUAACAGCCAUAACCAGAAAGUGCAGAUGCACAUGAUGGACCUGAUGAGCUCCAUCAUCAUGGAGGGCGACGGAGUCACACAGGAGUUGCUGGAUACCAUCCUCAUAAACCUCAUCCCCGCACACAAGAAUCUGAACAAGCAAGCGUACGAUCUUGCCAAGACUUUGCUGAAGAAGACCGUCCAGACCAUCGAGACAUGCAUUGCAAACUUCUUCAAUCAGGUUUUAGUGAUGGGCAAGUCCUCAGUCAGCGACUUAUCGGAGCACGUCUUUGACCUCAUCCAGGAACUGUUUGCCAUCGACCCUAUGCUGCUUACCUCUGUCAUGCCACAGCUGGAAUUCAAACUUAAGAGCAAUGAUGGCGAGGAGCGUCUAGCUGUUGUACGGUUGCUAGCUAAGUUAUUUGGGGCCAAAGACUCAGAGCUAGCCUCACAGAACAGACCACUGUGGCAGUGCUUCUUAGGACGGUUCAAUGACAUCCACGUCCCAGUCAGGCUAGAGUGUGUAAAGUUUGCCAGCCACUGCCUCAUGAACCACCCAGACCUGGCCAGAGACCUGACAGAGUAUUUGAAGGUGCGUUCUCACGACCCAGAGGAAGCCAUCCGUCAUGAUGUCAUUGUCACCAUCAUCAACGCUGGGAAGAAAGACCUCAACUUGGUCAAUGACCAGCUGUUGGGCUUCGUACGAGAAAGGACAUUAGACAAGAGGUGGCGUGUGCGUAAGGAGGCCAUGAUGGGCCUGGCUCAGCUUUAUAAGAAAUACUGUCUGCACCAUGAGGCCGGUAAAGAGUCUGCCCUGAAGAUCAGCUGGAUCAAAGACAAACUGCUGCACAUCUACUAUCAGAACAGCAUUGACGACAAGUUAUUAGUGGAGAAGAUCUUCGCUCAGUACAUGGUCCCUCACAGUCUUGACACGGAGGAGAAGAUGAAGUGUCUGUACUACCUGUAUGCCUGCCUGGACACUAACGCUGUCAAGGCUCUGAAUGAGAUGUGGAAGUGUCAGAACAUGCUCAGAGGCCUUGUCAAAGAGCUGCUUGACCUCCACAAGCUGCCAGUGUCUGAGGCUAAUAACACAGCCAUGUUCGGGAAGCUGAUGAGUAUUGCCAAAAAUCUGCCAGACGCUGGAAAGGCCCAGGACUUCAUGAAGAAGUUCAACCAGGUUCUCGGUGAGGACGAGAAGCUCAGAGUUCAGCUGGAGAUGCUCAUCAGCCCGACCUGCUCCUGCAAACAAGCUGAGAUCUGUGUGAGGGAGAUCACUCGGAAGCUGACGUUCCCCAAGCAGCCCACUAACCCAUUCCUGGAGAUGGUUAAAUUCCUACUGGAGCGCAUCGCCCCCGUCCACAUCGACUCUGAGGCCAUCAGUGCUCUGGUGAAGCUGCUGAACAAGUCCAUCGAGGGCACAGCUGAUGACGAUGAGGAGGGCGUUACCCCUGAUACCGCCAUCCGCUCUGGCCUGGAGCUACUCAAGGUUCUGUCGUUCACCCACCCCACAGCGUUCCACUCGGCAGAAACCUACGAGUCUCUGCUGCAGUGUUUGAAGAUGGAGGAUGAAAAAGUGGCAGAGGCAGCCAUCCAGAUAUUCAGAAACACAGGGCAGAAGAUUGAGACAGAGCUACAGCAAAUACGAUCGACUCUGAUUCCCAUCUUGCAUCAGAAGGCUAAGCGGGGAACACCUCACCAGGCCAAGCAGGCUGUCCACUGUAUCCACGCCAUCUUUAACAAUAAGGAGGUGCAGCUCGCACAGAUUUUUGAGCCUCUGUCACGUAGUCUGAAUGCAGAUGUCCCAGAGCAGCUCAUUACUCCCCUUGUGUCCCUGGGCCACAUUUCCAUGCUGGCCCCAGAUCAGUUUGCUUCACCGAUGAAGUCCAUUGUAGCUAACUUCAUUGUCAAGGACUUGCUCAUGAAUGACAGGUCAGUGGGAAACAAGAAUGGGAAGCUGUGGACCACUGACGAGGAAGUUUCACCUGAGGUCCUAGCUAAGGUGCAGGCAAUCAAGCUGCUAGUGCGUUGGUUACUAGGAAUGAAGAACAACCAAUCCAAGUCAGCAAACUCCACCCUGCGCCUGCUGUCAGCCAUGCUGGUCAGCGAGGGAGACCUCACAGAGCAGAAGAAGAUCAGUAAGUCAGACAUGUCUCGUCUGAGGCUGGCUGCAGGUGGAGCCAUUAUGAAGUUGGCCCAGGAGCCCUGUUACCAUGACAUCAUCACACCUGAACAGUUUCAGCUCUGCGGUCUCGUCAUCAAUGAUGAGUGCUACCAGGUUCGUCAGAUCUUUGCUCAGAAGUUGCACCUGGCACUUGUCAAACUGUUGCUUCCCCUGGAGUACCUCGCCGUCUUCGCUCUGUGUGCCAAGGACCCGGUGAAGGAGCGCCGCGCACACGCCCGACAGUGCCUCCUCAAAAACAUUUCCGUCCGCAGAGAGUACAUCAAGCAAAACCCACUCGCUCAGGAAAAACUUGUCUCCCUCCUACCUGAGUAUGUUGUUCCCUAUAUGAUCCACCUGCUGGCCCACGAUCCAGACUUCACAAAACCACAUGAAUAUGAACAGCUCAAAGACAUCAAAGAGUGCCUGUGGUUCAUGCUGGAAGUGCUGAUGACCAAGAAUGAGAACAACAGUCAUGCCUUUUUAAGGAAGAUGGUGGAGAACAUCAAACAGACUAAGGAUGCACAAUGUCCUGAUGACGCAAAGGCCAAUGAGAAGCUGUAUAUCGUCUGUGAUGUCGCUCUCUUUGUGAUCGCCAACAAGAGCACUGCAUGUCACCUGGACUUUCCCAAAGACCCCGUCCUACCUUCCAAGUUCUUCCUCGUACAGGACAAGGACUUCAAAAAUGAUAAAGAGUAUCUUAUGACAGAGAUGAGACAAAUGCUGCUCACUGGAAAGGUAAAUGCAAAACCCUUGAUGCUUGAAUGCCCUCAGUAAAUGCCACAUUAUAAGCUGUAAUGCUUGACAUUGUUAUGAUUGUGGUUUAACUUGAAAGAGCACAUGAUGAUGGGGUAAACAUUAAUUUGGCAUUUUUUGUUAAACUGUGAAAGUGAAAAAGAUUUCCUGUAUUAUUGUGAGUUUAGAAUCAUCUGCAUAUAAAUAAUUAUAUUCUCAGUAUAUGAGUAUAAUGUUCAGUGUUGUCAUGAUACCAAAAUUAGGAUUUUGAUUGUUGUUCUUUGCGACUGGUCAGCAUGUCUGUUGGCGAGAUGCUUUGCCAAGUUGGCUGUGUUAGUAACUUUGGUCUGCGUAGGUUUAAAGAUUUUUUUAUGGAUAGACUUUGUGGUGUCUGUGAACUCGCCCUGAUUGUAACUAUGUAAAUGAAAUUAUGCCAUAUUGCUCCUCACAUCUGCUUUCUCUACAAGCCACGGAUGGUCGGCAGGAGUGCACGUAUUUGCAGCCAUGCCUCUUGUUGUCACCAUGAAAGCUGCAGCAUGCAUAUGUGAUAAAGAAAAAAAGUUGGCGAGUCCACUGUGCCUGCAGGGACUAGGAGUAGAAGCAGAGCGCUGCGGUCGCACAUCCACGGCAAUGCAACUCAUAAAUAUGGCUCUUAUUAACACACUGUCAUUCUUAUAGUACCAAUACUAAUGAAAUGGGUUAUUGUACUGUUUUUAAUGGCAGGAUAUUGUGAUACCUUUCUAGUAUCAGUAUAUCAUGUAACUAUAUUAAUGCUUAGGUCAUCAGCCCUCAUCAAAUGACUUUAAAGGUCCAAGAUGUACAUGUAGCAAAGAUGAGCAGAGAUGACUGAGUGAUGCAUUGAACUGUAAUCACUGAUUAUUUCUACACACAACAUAAUUGUAAGGAAUCUUAACUAUCAGAUGCUUACCAGCUAAAUACUAGGGGUGUAACGGUACACAAAAAUCUCGGUUCGGUACGUACCUCGGUACACAAGUCAUGGUUCGUUUUUUUUCGGUACAAUAAUGAAAAAAAUAGACAACUAUUAAAUAUCUUUUACUUAUUGGUAACCUUAUUAAAACAUACCACCACAGCAGUUAACUCUUUUUACACAAUUUUUGAAUGAAACAAAUAUAUAUAAAAUCCUGCUUUUUCACAUUGUUUGAAUGAAAAUAGAAAUAUAAAAGUGAAAAAUAAAAUCCUGCUGUUUUUUUUACACAUGAAUGAA